AUGUCUCAGCCGCAGCAACAAAGUUCGUUUCAGAUGAUUGAAGGAUCAAUGGUUGGAGGAGGAGGAAUGAGAGGAAAGAGAGGGAGAGUGAUGACGAAGGCAAUGGAUAAAGCUGCAGCUCAAAGACAGAAGAGGAUGAUCAAGAACCGUGAAUCCGCUGCUAGGUCUCGAGAGAGGAAACAAGCUUAUCAAGUUGAGUUAGAGACUUUGGCUGCGAAAUUAGAGGAAGGGAAUGAGAAGCUUUUGAAGGAGAUUGAAGAGAGCACUAAAGAGAGAUACAAGAAGCUCAUGGACGUUUUGAUUCCGUUUUCUAAACGUUUGUAG